GUUUACGCAAACCAAACCGGAAGUCUGGGUGAAUCUCCUCCGCUGUUCACAACAACAAAAUUAUUUGUAACGUCUGACCUCACUAUGGACGAAAUAAGAGUGUUAACGUUUACGACUAGCUACGUCGUGUAAAACGAAAACAAACUACAAACGGGCUAGCAGCAGUUAGCCUCGCUAGGAUGGCGUCCUCAGUGGGACUACCGCUGCUCGCCGCGGACCAAGUUGCCUCUUUCUCCGCGAGCAGGCCUCCGCAGCCCCCGCCGCCUCGCCUGCAUCCGGCCGCUGGCGUCAUGGUGGAGUCUGUGGACGACGCGGAGGGACUUUUUGUGGCGGUUGAGCGGUGCCCUCUGUGUAGCACAUCCCGCCGGAGGUUGACGUGCGCCCGUUGCGUGCAGGCCGGAGACUUUGUUUACUUGGACGGAAGGAACACGGAAAGGUGCGCAGACAAGAUGGCAAGGCUAAGGACGCUGAAAGCAGAGAAGGAUCAGCUGCAGCAAAGGGUGGUCCACGCCAUGCACAGGAAGUUGCAGACUGACGAGACGAAAUGGAAGAUGAUGUGGUGCCGCAUGAAGAUGGAGCAGAUCAACCAAGCGCUGAUUUGCGCACGUCAGGACGUCAAGAGUGACAAGGAGUUGCUGCUCCGCUCCCAGGAGGAAAGUCAGCGUCUUCAGCGCCGCGCCGGCCGCCACCAGCAGAAGCAGGAAAAGAUCGAGCGCCACAACCGCCGUCUGGGCGAGCUGCUGGAGCGCCGCCGCCAGGAGCUGCGCCAGCUACUGGCCCAGCUAGCGGCAACGCGCCGGGAGCACAUUGUGGAGUUGACCGCUCACAUCUUCCCUACUCGCGAGGAGAAGGCUUGCAGCAGGGACCCCGCCGAUGCGGCGUCUGAAUGCGAGGCGGCACUGACGUCCAGCACAGUGAGUGAGCUGGCCGAGGCGCGGCGGACCACGUACCUGUCGGGUCGCUGGAUCUGGGACGACCAGAACGGAGAGACUAGCGUCAGCAUCACAGGUCCCGCCGUCACACUGCCCAGCAAUGGAGAUUGCUCCGCCUACUACAGCUGGGUAGAUGAGAAGAGCGCCAAUCACGGGCCCGAACUGGACCACAUCAACCCAGCUCACACCAUCAGCGCCGCUCUGUGUUAUGCCACACAGCUCCUCACCAUAUUGUCUCACAUCCUGGACGUCAACCUACCCAAAAAGCUGUGCAACAGUGAGUUCUGCGGGGACAACUUGAGUCGCUUCCGCUUCACACGCGCCCUCAGCAAGCUCAACACUAACACACUACACCUCUGCUUCUCACAGCAUGUGGACAGCGACAAGCUGCACCCGCACCACACCCUCCGCAAUAUCAUGUUCCUGGUCUCCACUGAGAACGCCAACCUGGGCAGGACGGGUCCCUUCGAGGCCAGCGCCGAGCUCGAGGAGUCCAUGGAAUUUGUCGAGCCCGAAGCUUCGGGGCCUGCCGAGGAGAGCGGCGACGAGACGGUCACGGACGACGAGACCGACCUGGGCACCGACUGGGAGACUGUUCCCAGUCCGCGCUUCUGCGACAUCCCGUCACAGCCCAUGGAUCUCUCCCAGAGUGCCCUGCAGGUGUCUCAGCCGUCCGUCAACACGGGAGGAAUGAUCUCGUCCGCUGCCGCCUCCGUCACGUCCUGGUUCCGAGCAUACACGGGCCAGCGCUGAGCCACCUCCUGCUUUUUACUUUUCUUUGUGCGUGUAUGAGUGUUAGCGGGGGAGAGACACUGGUUACCAUGACGACGAGGGACACUGUUUACAAGAACUUUGAUUGACACUAACUUUUUACCAAAGUCACAAUCAGACAAUGGUGGGAAAGACACACUGAAACACUUUGACCGAUCUGAGCUCUCAAGGAAUCAAAUGUUUGCUGUUGCCACAGAAUGUACUGUUCAAUAAAAAAAUGCUUUUUAA